AUGGAUAUUACGGAUUUCAUUUUCAAACAGAGAGAGGACGUCCUCCUCGCCGGAGACUACAACGCUUACCGGGCGCACACAACACGGAGGUUGCACAAACUCCGCAAGAAGCUCGGUCAGACUACUCCUAAAGGUCGUAAAUAUACUGCCAAACCUCCCGUCAGUGCAGAGGAUAUUAGCAGCAAUGUGGCAUAUGUACAUGUCCUUCUUCUCAGCUCUGAGCGAGCUUGGGCACAAGCAAUGCACAUGAAAUCCACGCACUCAGCCGACCCUUCAGUGAAAGGAAUUGCGGGUUCGGCCAGGCGUCAUAUUGUGUCUCGUCUGAAUAAGGCAUCCGGCUACUCUCAGCAAUUGGUCCUUCUGUUAGAGGACCAAGCAACUUCCGGUGCUACUGAUACCGACAUCCUUGAAGCCCGUGCUUACCUUGCUUCACUUUUGGGCGCCCUAUAUUUGGAGAAGCGGAAAUGGGAACAAUGCAUUCAGAGCUAUGCUGUCUCGAGGAUAAUCUAUACGACUCUUGGCCGAGAGGACAGAAAAGAUGCAUUCCGGGAUCUUCUCACUGGCACUAUUGAUCCCAGUAUCAGAUAUGCAGCCUAUCAGAUGAAGCUUCCCCGAUCAAGGCCUCUGUCCUCUUUAGCGAUCCAGUACUUCCCAUCCGAUGCAAACAUCAGGUCCGAAGUGGAAAGAGUGGAUCCCGAUUGUCUCAAGGAGGAUAUUGCAGGGACGAGAAAGACUGCCGACGGAGAGAUCCAGCAACUACCUGAGAGUAUCACUUGGAGGUCGCGGACUGUUGCUCUGGAAGAUGCCGCAAUCUCGCAGGCUCUUGCUUCUGCAGCUGCGGCAGAGUCGCGUCUCAAGUCUUGGCUUGCAGAUGUGGAAGGGAAGUCGGCUUCAUCAAAAGACCAAGCUGCCGCCUAUGAUAGUGUUAUUAUUGCCAGCCAGGACGCAGUCGACGCUACUAAGACUGCCAUCGAUGAUUUAGCUAAUGAAGGGGUGGAGCCUAGCGAUAAGAGAAUGCAAGGCUUGCAAAUCACUCGUACCGCGGUCAACUAUGCCUUGGUGGGAUGGAGAAUCGGACGUAACCGAGUUUUGUGCGGUCCUAACGAUGGCAUGACCUCUGAAACUGACAACGCCGAGGGCCUCAAACGGGGAAAGCGCGCGAGUCGGGUGGAGUCGACUGGGAAGAAGUUGACAAGGCUACGCGAAAAGGUCGUGCUAUACGACUCUAUUUUGCAGAGCAUCGAUUUCAUCCUGGAGUUACCUGGUGUUGCUGCGGACUCCACAUUUGUGCAAGAGCUGGAAGCGAAACGCUGCUACUUCCGUGCUUUAAGAUGUUUGUCUAUUGCGCGGUCUCAUUGCUACCUUGGGAACUCGAAGAACGCUCUUGCGCUCUACUCGCAAGCACUGCAGCUCACCGCCCAGUCGACAGUGUCUGACCAGUCGUCUCAAUUGUCAAACGAGCCUUUAAGGCUGGAUGUCUCGCGCAGCCAGGUUCAAGCUCUCGGGUCGAUUUUGCAAGGUCUUGUGGCACAGUACCGGGGUCUCGUCACUUUGGAGAAGAUGGCAGCCGAAGGAUCUCAGACAGGAAACCAGCGCCCGGUGAUAGAGCGCCUGCACGAGUUUUCCGGUGAUAGAGUGGAUUUGAGUAACCUCGUCCCCUAUCCGCCUAAAAUGCAGCCCAUUCCGGUCAAGCCACUGUUCCUCGAUGUGGCAUGGAAUUACAUCGACUAUCCUCGAGAAGGUGCGCACGCUCAGGAAGAGGCCCAGGCCGACAUGGAAACAGGAGCAGAGGAAAAGAAGGGAGGACGACGUGGCUGGUUUGGGUUUGGGCGCUGA